AUGUGCAAGGCAGUGCGAUACGUUUAUCCUAACUGCGGUCAUCCUAUCGUUCAAGACAAAUAUGUCUGGUCCGUCGAACGAUGCCCCUAUGCGCAGUGCUGCAGCAGGGACUGCUGGAUUCCCAACGAUAUUCCCCAGCAUCUGAUCGAAGACACACCAUGGCCUUACGACAAUCUCACUGAGCCUUGCCCCAUGCCUCAUGAGCCUUCUCCUAUACCUAAUCAAUCUUGCUCCAUGUCCCAUGAGAGGAGUUAUUCGACAGAGAGCGCUACUCUAUCUGCGAGAUCCACCAAUAACGACCAACCCUCUUGCAUCGAAUUCAUGUUUACUAGUCCUCCUACACCUGAACAUCAAUUGCUGGACGAUGAAGAAAUGGAGCGUUUAAUCCAGGAAUUCUUUUUCCAAGAGAGUUUACCUGCUGCAACCAGCGGCGCAAUCCCCGACGAGGAUGUAUCCUACUUGGAUGGAGAUGACUUUACACUCUCAGAUGACCUUGUUCUCUUAAACGAAGACAAUCACCACCAAACCGAAGUCAGUCUUGAAACAGAGCCCUUCUCCGACGAACAACUCGCCUACUUUGAUGAGAUCGUUCCUCAGACGGGCGAACAACUCUCGUUUCCUUCAGUGGAGGAUAUCAUCGAAUGGGAGCAAGUGCGGGCUGUGCAAGCGCCUCUUGAUCAGUACAGUUUUGGACAAGACAUGGACUUGGAGUGGCGCUUCGACGAAUGGUUUUGA